GGGUUAUUCACGUGUGAUGCGAGACCCAUCACAAUUUCUCGGAAUGUGAAUGAAUUUGGAUUGAAUCAGGUUAUAUUUUUAUUGGGGAAUGGCAUGUCCCUUGCUCCACAUGGAAACAAAUCUCGUGAUUACGAAAUGAUGCAACAUGCCCACAAAACCCCCACACAAAUCUUCCUCUCUUCUUUUCUCCUCCUCCUCCUCCUUCCCCACAUGUUAUAUUAGAGGAGGACAAUUUCAGUUCAAUGUUAUCUCACAAGCUAUGGCUAUCUCAGGCUCAGAGACAUCAUCACAAGCCUCACCGCCAACACUAACGCCAACACCACCACCACCACUGACAACGACGACGACGACGACGACGACGGCAAAGGCACCUCCUUUGAUUGAAGUGGAGACUGCAAAAUGUGUUUCUUGUGGAUUCACAGAAGAAUGCACCCCUGCAUAUAUCCUCCGAAUUCGAGAACAGUACCAAGGAAGAUGGAUUUGUGGGCUCUGCAUUCAGGUGGUGAAGGAUGAGGUCUUGAGAGCAGACAGGCUCAUAUCCACUGAAGAGGCAUUGAAUAGGCACAUCAGCUUUUGCAAUAAGUUCAAGUCAUCCAAUCCCAUGAAGGAGACAGAGCACCCCAUCUUUGCCAUGGGGAAACUGAUCCGGCGCAGCUUGGAUUCGCCGAGGACCCUCCGGUCAAAUUCAAGCACUGCUUUGCAAGGGAUCGAUGCAGUCGGGAGAAUCACUACACCAGCACUUCUUCGGUCAGGGAGCUGCUUCUCUUCUAUAUCCAGUUGAUUGAGGUAAAAUAUAUAUGUAUAUACAUGGAGCCGAGGAACUCUGCUUCUGGUAUAGGCAUCCAGGUUUUAUGCUCUUCCUGUAAUUCGAAUUUCUGGAUGAUGAACUGAAUUUGGCUAUGCAUAUGCUGAUUUUUUAUGUA